GAGAGGGGGAACAAGGGAUAGAGAGAAAGGGAAGGACAACAGUUGAAUGUUGACAGAGGGAGUGAGGAUAUUAACCGGGAGAUUAACAAAAAGGAGGAGAGAGAGAGAGAGAGAGAGAGAGAGAGAGAGAGAGGGGGGGAAAAGAGAAAGUGUAGAGAAACUAAUAGAUUCACAUUGACAGAGUGGACUGGACUUGAAUGAAGCACUGACAUCAGCAAAAUAAAGGGAGAGGAAGGAGGUCACUGCAGUAGGUGCUGUGCACUAUAGUUCUUUAAGCACGCUUACUAUGCAACAGGAGAGUUAGGACACGCAAAGACAGACAGACGUUCACUACACGAUUGAACCAUGUUGAUGAAGGAGUAUAGAAUAUGCAUGCCACUAACUGUGGAAGAGUAUAAGAUUGGGCAGCUGUACAUGAUCAGUAAACACAGUAAUGAGCAGAGCGGAGGAGGGGAGGGAGUGGAGGUGGUGAGGAACCAACCAGACACACAUCCCCAACAUGGCCUGGGACAGCUCACUGAGAAACGCAUCUACCUCAACAGUAAACUGCCAUCCUGGGUGAGUGUGUUUGUCCCCAGGGUCUUCUAUGUGACAGAGAAGGCCUGGAACUUCUACCCUUACACCAUCACAGAGUACUCGGUCUCCUUCCUUCCCAAGUUCAGCAUCCGUAUUGAGACCAGGUUUGAGAACAACAAUGGUGACAACAAUAAUGUAUUUGGAGACAGGCCCACCCCUGCAGAGAGCGUGAGCCACCUGGAUAUCCUCAUUGACCCCAUCCCUGACAAACACUACAAGGAGACAGAGGACCUGAGUAGCUGGGUGUCUGAGAAGACGGGCCGAGGCCCCCUGGUGGAAGGAUGGCGUAAGGACAGCAUCCCCAUCAUGUGCUCCUAUAAGAGGGUGCAGUGCAGUUUCGAAGUCUAUGGCUUCCAGGGCAAGACUGAGGACUUCAUACACAGGAACAUCCAGGACAUCCUACUGGUGGGGCACAGACAGGCUGUGGCCUGGACAGACGAAUGGCACGGGAUGAGUUUGGAGGAUGUGCGAGAGUAUGAGCGACAGAUACAGGAACAGACCAACAGCAAACUCAAAUCAACCCAGAACAACAACACAGCCCCUCGUCCGGCAUACUCGCGCUCUAUGUCCGUCACAGAUGAGCGCUCUCUGAAGAAGAUGGGAGUGAAGACUAUGGCCAUGUCAGACCCCUCCACCUCCACACUGCCUCAUAGCACUGUCCGCCUUAACUCCACCCCCGAGUAACACACACACGUUCAUACUGAUGCAUCAGUUCCUGCCUGCUUAAACCCCUCUGUGACAGUAACUACACUGCAUCAGUUCCUGCCUGCUUAAACCCCUCUGUGACAGUAACUACACUGCAUCAGUUCCUGCCUGCUUAAACCCCUCUGUGACAGUAACUACACUGCAUCAGUUCCUGCCUGCUUAAACCCCUCUGUGACAGUAACUACACUGCAUCAGUUCCUGCCUGCUUAAACCCCUCUGUGACAGUAACUACACUGCAGCAGUUCCUGCCUGCUUAAACCCCUCUGUGACAGUAACUACACUGCAGCAGUUCCUGCCUGCUUAAACCCCUCUGUGACAGUAACUACACUGCAGCAGUUCCUUUUUGUUUUACAGCCAUCCACCACAGACACAUUUAACCAGUAAAGCUACACUGUCCACAGAAGCAGCACUUAGACCACUCAGGUCCUACCCCUUUCUCCAGCUGUAACUAUAUAACCCAACCCCCUGUCCUACCCCUUUCUCCAGCUGUAACUAUAUAACCCAACCCCCUGUCCUACCCCUUUCUCCAGCUGUAACUAUAUAACCCAACCCCCUGUCCUACCCCUUUCUCCAGCUGUAACUAUAUAACCCAACCCCCUGUCCUACCCCUUUCUCCAGC